AAGCAAUGGCAAAAGUGGAGCUGCUUAUUAAAUUAGUAAAAAAACAUAAAAUAUUGUACGAUAUGGAGGACGAGGACUACAAAAACACCAGAAAAAAGGACAAGAUAUGGAACGAAAUUGGAUUGGAGCUGGAAGAAAGUGGUGAUGAAAUAAAAAAAAAAUGGAAAAAUUUACGAGACUCCUUUUCAAAAUAUGUGAGGUCAACAAAAUGUACUACAGGGCAAGCCGCUGUUCAUAAAACAUGGAUUUGGGCCGAACAAAUGGAAAGUUUUCGUCCAUUUAUUUCGUCUACUAAAACGUCUUCGAAUGUCAGUUGCAUUGAACCAUCUGAACCAUUUUCAUUCACGGAAGCUUUUCAAUGCAAAGAAGAAUCACCAGAAUCGGAUGACGAGAUCAAUGAUGAAUUGAACCAAUCUAUCGUAUCAAUUCCUGCCGUUGAUACUGAAAACCCUGAAUUGAAGCGCUUGAAAAGAUCUACACCACAACCAACGUUCUCCGUGAAGGAUGAAAUUGAAUAUUUGCUAACAAAGAAUAAAAAAACGCACGACGGUGUUGACAUGUUGUUUAUGGCGUAUGCCCACACCAUUAAAAAAUUCAGUCCCAGGAGACAGGCUCAAGUAAAAUUUAAAAUUGCAGAACUCAUUAUGGAAGAAGAACUGGCGAGUAUUGAGGAAAAUUCACCCUGUUAAUAUUACCUUAAAAAGAUUGCCAAUCAUUCUUCUGUAAUGGUGAACUCUUCAUGGGAAUGCCACUCUGCAUUUAUGGGAUGUACCCAAACUCUUUUAUUCCUAAUUUAAUAAUAUAAUGCUACAAUAAGCAAUAAAAAAAACAAUCUUUUUAAA